AUUACGGUAUUUAGCAUACGAAUUUCGCGACUUGAAAAAUAAUUGUUAUUUAUUAUUAAGUACGUAUGCUAAUUAAUGAAUUAUUUAUUUACUAAUAACUUUAAAGUAUUAUUAAUGUUGAUUGGAGUAUAAAAUUACCAGACAAUACUUUAGGUGUUUAUUUUAUUAUUAUUUUUUGGAUCCCCACUAGUGUAUAUCUUGAAGCUUGAAGGUGAUGGUCGUAAUACGUCCAUAGCCAGUAAUUUAUCGAGUGUUUAAUUUUAAAAUAAAUUUAAUUGUUUUAAAUAUUGAUAUUAAAUAUAUAUAAAUUGUUAAUUAUACAAGUAUCGAAUCAACGACAGUCAUAUUUCUGAUAGUCUCUGAUCACCAUAAUCAUCAUCACUUAAAAAUAAUAAUUAUCUAUUAAACGCGUUUUUGCGUUUAAAUAAUUAUCCUCGGAUUAAGUGAGUAUCAAUGUUGUCUGGCAAUGGUGUGUAAAGAGAAUGUCGUGUCAUGGUUUGGAAACUUGUCCAGUCAUAAGAGAAUCGAUAUCAUGUGCACAUUAUUAAAUAUGUGCCUACCAUUUGAAGUUCGGUAUCUGGGUACUUGUAUUGAAGAUCGGGGCAAACGUGACUACAAUGAUUUGCGUGACACUGAGCACCAUGCUAAUAAUCCUGCUGAUUUAGCAGAACUUGCAAAUCUCGGUGGUGUCACUGACACACGUGCUCGACGCAAGCUGGUUCUUUACGUAGCUUUGCUUCAUGGAUGCAAUUAUGAGUGUGCCAAGACAUUUUAUAAAAGUCUUGCUAAUUUUGACACCCAAGAAAUGGCCAAUUCAUUGGCUAAUCAGGACGAACCACUUGAAGAAUUAAUUCUUUUGUAUACAAUGGCAUUAAAUCAUCCGGCUUUUAGUUACGAUCAGAAAACAACAUUUGGUAAUAUAUUUUUGAAAUUACAAGAGGAAGAGGAAGCACGUAUUAAUGCCAAGCAAAUAAAUACUGGGUAUAAACCAGGCUUUGGAGCUUGUGGAUCGAAUGAACGUUUGUGUGAUCAAGGAUUAGAUGUUGGGGGCAUGCCUGGUAUGAUGCCACCACCGAUACAACAACAACAACAGCAACAGCAACAACACUAUGCUGAUAUAUUUCGUGGUAAUCCAAUGGUAGCUGGGGGAAUCCCACCAAAUAUGUCAAUGCCACCACCACCACCAGGACUUUGUUUGCCACCAGCAGAACAAAUGAUAAAUCACCCGCAAAAUCAUAAUCCAGCUCAGUAUCUUCACUUGGGAUUCCCAGCAAUAAAUUCAAUAGGACCCUGGACUGGACAAACUCCAAUGAUGAUUGGAAAUAAUCACCAUCACCAUCACCAUCAUCAAAUGAUGUAUCACACCGUAGCACCUAGCGGUGAUAUGAUUGUUUAUCCUGCAUCCCCACUGGUCAGUCGUCCAUCUUCACCGGUUUCAAAUCAUCCACCGCCUCCUUCAAGAUCACCUCCAAGUCGCAGUGAUUCACCAGGUCGUCGCAGCAUGCGUUCUUGGUCUAUUGAAGAACGUACAUCUAAUGCUAAUCAAACAAACACAACCAGUACUACACCAAGAAACGUUACGUCAUCAAAUCAAUCUGCAUCAAGAUCUAUUCCUUCAGUUCCUGUUACUCCAAUGACUACACCAACUUCUGGUGCAUAUUCACGUCACAACAGUCUCACUACCAGCACCAGCACAAGUACCAGUACCACAUCUUCAACUUCAUCAAUUAAAAAUAAUAAUAAUAAUAAUAAUAAUCCACCAGCUAAAUUGAGAUCACCUUCAACAUCAAUCACUGGUACUGCUCCAGCAAUAAAUAAUGACACUUUACGUGAAACACUUGGCAAAGAAAUGCCUAAUUAUAAAGCCUGUCUACAAAAUUAUUCAAUGGAAGAGAUAAGAAGAAUAAGCGACGAAGAACUCAGAGAAAUUGGUCUGACACAAAAUGCAGUAGGACAGCUUAGAAAUAUUAUACGUCCUCAAAGUUCCAGUUCAACAAACGGCCAAAAUCAAAUGGAAAAAAAUAAAAUUGAUAAUUAUCCGGCAGCUGAACAAACUGAUGAGGUUGCACAGCAGCAGCAAGAAGUCAAUGAAUUUUAUAGUCCAAAAAUUCCUGGACCAGCGUUACCAUUUUUUCAAGAUUUCCAUCAGUCAAUUCAUCAUCAUCACCACCAUCAUCACCAUCACCACAGCCAUCUUGCAAAUAUCACUAGCAUCAGACGUUACCAGACAAUGCAGCCACCGCCGAUGGAUCCAAACCAGCAGCUGUCUGUUUUUCCACCGCCUUCAGUGUACGCGACUCAAAAUCCCUGCUAUGCUUGUCUUACUGUUCCUGCUGCUGCUGCUACAACAACCGUCGGGAUGCAAAAUCGGUAUCCCAGGUGCAAUGCACAACACAUGUACUGCGUAGCACAAUUACAAGCAUUGCGAUUAGACGCAGACAGUAGUCGUCAUUGUUCGCAGAGCAGUAGUUCAGAUGGUAGUACUGGUAGUAGAUCACCACCAGGUACACCACCGGCAGCUUGGUCUGGCAACUCGACAUUGAUAGCAACCAGUACUGUAAUUAAUGAAAAUACAUCAGUAACAACAACAACAACAGUUACUGCAACAUCAAAUACCAGUGAACAGACACCUGGUACUUCAGUAUUGUCUUAUUCAACAGUUGCAUUAUCUCGGCAAAAUACUUCAGGUAUUCAACAACAGCAGCAGCAGCAGCAAAUUAAUAAUGACCGGGCACGAAGUAUGAAAAAAAAUCAAAUGAGACAGAAAAAUCAAAUGAUAAAUGGAGUAACUAAUAAUUCAACUUGUUCAGUAUCACCAGCUCCAAUACCAUUACCGUCAUCAAUUAAUCUAUCAACACCACCACCACAACAACAACAGCAGCAGCAGCAACAUAUACCAGGAUUUCCAUCAACGGGAAAUCAUCCAAUAACAUUUUUACCACAUGGUAAUCAUCAUUUUCCUGGUACAACACCAAGAUUACCAUUAAAUAAUACAAAUAUAUAUUCAACAAAUUAUUCCCAUACUAUUUAUUCACGACCAACUGUAACAAUGGCACCAGGAUUUCAACCAACAACACCACAGGGUUUUCAACAAAAUGGUGAAUUAAUUUAUCAGUAUCCACAACCAGGUACACCACCACCACCACCUCCACUGCCACCACCAGGAAUAGUAACAGGUCUUAUACCAAUUGGUCAUCAUCAAAAAAUUUCAUGCUACAAUUGUGGCAGCAACAGUCAUCUCGCUGUCGAUUGCAAGGAACAAACAAUGGAAGAUCUUACCAGGCGAGCUCAAUAUCGAUUGGAUUUCACGAUACCCAAACAAUCUACAGACUGUCCCAAUGAUGAAUAAUCACUUAAUUGACCUCUCUAAUCUUUUAAUAAUAUAAAUUAUUAUUAUUAUUAUAAAAUAUUAAUCAUCACGAGUGUGUUACAAGUGUUAGGGGGUAAGCUUUUAUUUUGUUUUUUUUUUUUUUUGUUAAAUUUUAAAUUUAGAUUGUGUCUUAAUAGAUAAAUGGGCGUGACUAUCGUUUAUAUAUAUAUACGAUUUAUUUUUAAGAGAACAGUAUCUCAGAACCUGCCAAUUAAUUUGUAUUAUAAAUCAGCUACUAACGAUCUGUAAAUUUUAAAAAUAAUAAUAAUAGUGGUAGAAAAAAAAAAAAAAAAAAAACAAAAAAACAACAAAACAAAAAAUAAAAAAAAAAGUAUUGAUAUAAUUGCUCAUUAUUUAUCGUACUAUCAUUCAAGUUUGUAAUUAGACUUGAUUAUUAUUUUUUUUUUUUUUUCCGAUAAUUUUGUCGGCUUUAAUCUUAAUCAUUAAUUAUUAUUAUUUAGUGUGUUGAGUGCUUUGGAUUUGUAAACGAUUGCAACGAAUUUACGUUAAUGGCCGAGUGACUUGUUAUUUUUUCUUCGCAAAAUUUUAAAACAAUUUUUUUUAUCGGAUUUAAAUUGGCCCUUUUUUUUACUAAAAUUUGUAUUUACUUUUUGAUCGACUUGAUAUUAAUUUUUUUGCAUUUUUAAGUCUGCAUAAUCAAGUUUUUUUUUUUAUUAUUAACAAGCUUUCUUUUUUCUUUUUUUAAAUCGGAUCUUUUUUUAAAUCGCGAGUAUGUAAAAAUAAUUGACGUGUAUAAAAAAAAAAAUUAUAAAAAUUAUCCAGCAGAAUGUACAGAUAAAUAAAUUUUAAAAAUUUAUAAUGUAUUGUAUGUACAUACAUAUAUUUGCAAUAUAACAAUAUAUAUAUAUAUAAUAAUAAAUUUAAAAAAAUAAAAAAAAUUGUGAUGUAUUGCAAUAGAUUUGUAGACUCUGUUAUCUGUGCGGAUUUGAAAUUUACAAAAUAUUUUAAUC